AUGGCGUCUCACAACGGACUUCAGUGCUGGAUGUGCCUUGGCGGGGCGACGCACGCCUGCCCGCGCUGCGACGUCGCAUACGGGACCGCCGUCUGCCUGACGUGCUUUGAGAAGGCGGCCCGCCAGGCCGACACGAAGCGCAAGCUUGGCCGCCUACGGCACGACGCGCUCGACUGGACCGGCGCGCCGCGAGGAGAGCGGCCGCUGCGGCCGGUCGACAUGGCGACGACGCCAGCUUCGCCGUGCCAGUGCUGCACGCGCGAGUGCCUGCAGCCGCAGCUGGUGCUGCUUCCGGCGCCCGCGCCGCCGCUCGCUGCAGGCCCCGGCGGCCAGCAGGCACCGCCGGUGCCGGUGCCGGCUGUGGAGGCGGCGGCGGCGACGGCCGCGCCAGCGACGCCGGUCGAGCUCGCGCCGCUGCCUGCGGAGGCUGCCUCGCCGCCGGCAGGCGGUGCGGCGGCGCCCUCUGCGGGCAGUGCGUCAUGGAUCACGUUCCUCGGGACGGCAAGCGCGUGGGUUGGGGGGGCCCUGCUCGAGGCAGCGGCGGAGGGCUUCCGCCGAGCAAAGCGGCGGCGAUGCGAUGGGGAGCAGAGGGAGGGGAGGGGGGGGGAGGAGGAGGAGGAGGCGCCGCGUGUCGGCGCGAGCGAGCGGGCGCGCCUCGGCGGCCCCUCCGCCGACGAGGCGGGCGGCGGUGGCGCGCCGCCGGCCGCGCCGGCCGCGCAGGCCGCCGUGCGCACCAUCACCGCUGCAGGCGCCGAGGCAGUUCGGCAGGCAGACAGGGAGGGGCUUACGCUGGCCACGGGCUGCGGCAACACCGGCUACAAAGGCGUCUGCUACCGCCCGAAGGAGCGAGGCAGCAAGAAGUACAGGCUGUCGGUGUUUGUUGGCGGCAAGAUGCUCUCCCUCGGCUACUUCACCACCCCCGAGGAGGCGGCGCUCUUCUACGCCCGCAGGGAGGCGGGCAGGGACAUGGUUGCGCCGGCGAGCCAGAGGAUGUACUUGCGCCGAGCUGGCUCGCUCGAGGCGACCACCGGCGAGGCGACCACCGGAGCGGGCGCGGCACCCACCGGAGGGGCACCCGCCGGCACGGCGAUGCCCAUUGAGGACCUCGCCGGUGCGGUGGCCCGCGGGGCGGCCGGCGCGGCGGCCACCGGAGCCGCCCGCAUGAUGGCCCCGCCGCGGACCGCGUCGUCAGAGGGCGUUGUGCUGAUCCCAGCCGUCCGCAAGGACAGCACGACGGGCUACAAGAACGUGAUCUUCCACCGCGGCAGUAAGCAGUUCGAGGCGAAGGUGCGACCUGGCGGCAAGAGUGUCUUCCUCGGCUCCUUCGACACCGCCGAAGAGGCGGCCACCGCCUACGCUCGCUCAGAGUACGGCCGUGCCGACGCCGCCAAGCUGCUGCAGCCCCGCGCUGGCACGGGGACGGCCAGCGCGGCGCCUGCUGGUGCGGGUGCGGCGACCGGCGCGGGUGCCGCGCCCGCCGCUCGCCAGGCGAUUGCUAACUUCGCCGCCGCGCUCUAG